CUUUUCCGUUCCAUCUCACAAAGAAAGCAAAAAUGACUCUUGACGACCUUACUUUACACUUUGACACUCUUCAGCUUCAUGCCGGCCAGGAACCUGAUAAGGCCACCAACUCGCGCGCUGUCCCCAUCUAUGCCACUUCUUCAUACACUUUCAACAGCACCGAUCACGGUGCCAACUUGUUCGCCUUGAAGGAAUCUGGAAACAUCUACUCCAGAAUCAUGAAUCCUACCAACGAUGUUGCUGAAAAGCGCAUUGCUGCUCUGGAAAAGGGAGCUGCCGCCACCCUUGUGUCAUCUGGUCAGGCUGCCCAGUUUUUGACCCUGGCAACUUUGGCCAAGUCGGGUGACAAUGUUGUUGCUGCAUCCAACUUGUAUGGCGGCACCUACAACCAGUUCAAGGUCGUUUUCCCCCGUCUCGGCAUCAAAGUCAAGUUUGUCAACAGCUUGGAUCCCGAAGAAUUCAAGAAGAAGAUCGAUGAGAAUACCAAGGCUGUCUAUGUCGAGAGCAUCGGCAACCCUGCUUACUCUGUGCCUGAUUUCGAGGCUCUUGCCAAGGUUGCUCAUGAUGCCGGCAUCCCUCUCAUUGUUGACAACACUUUUGGGGCUGGAGGUUAUCUUGUUAAACCCAUCGAACAUGGCGCUGACAUUGUCGUUCACUCGGCCACCAAGUGGAUUGGAGGCCACGGUACUACGAUUGGCGGUGUUGUUAUCGAUUCUGGUAAAUUUCCCUGGAACAACGGCAAGUUUCCUGAUUUCACUGAACCUUCCGAGGGUUACCAUGGUAUGCGUUUCUGGGAAACCUUUGGCCCCUUGUCAUUCACUUUCCGUUUGAAAACCGAGUCGCUUCGUGACAUUGGCGCCUGCUUGAAUCCUUUCGGCUCCUUCUUGUUGUUGCAAGGUCUCGAAACCUUGUCGCUGCGUGUCCAGCGCCAUGUUGACAAUGCUUUGGAACUCGCUCGUUGGCUGAAGAGCCGGGAUGAUGUCAACUGGGUUAAUUACCUUGGCUUGGAAGAACAUCCAUCCCACAAGACUGCACAAAAGUAUCUCAAGCACGGCUUUGGUGGUGUAUUAAGUUUUGGUGCUAAAGGUUCGCUCAAGGCAUUCAUAGAGAACGUCAAGUUGGCCUCGCAUUUGGCAAAUGUCGGUGACGCGAAGACUUUAAUUAUUGCUCCUGCUUUGACUACCCAUCAACAGUUGACUGACGAGGAACAAGAAGCCAGCGGUGUCACCAAGGACAUGAUUCGUGUUUCCGUUGGUAUUGAACAUAUCGAUGAUAUCAAGUGGGAUUUUGACCAGGCAUUGAAGGCCGCUACUAAGGCUGCCAGCAACUAAAAUAAGAGAAUGACCUUGGUUCUGUAAAUAGUGUUACAAAUAUAAGAGGGAAACGCUCUAUAUAGUUCUUUGAAAGAAGAAUUAGAGUAAAAAAGGAUUUAUUUUUGACACAAAUCAACAUUAUACACUUCUCACUCCGUCGUAUCUGUUCUGUUUGUAAUGGAAAUCACGUAGUAUAGAGUACUCCUAACAUGUUAUAAUGCAACAAAAAAGUCAUGUUCGUCGCCUUUGGUUUUUUUUAUCUUUCUUUUUUAUCCAGAGCAGGAAUCUGCACGGCGACGUCUUCUUGACGAUGCAAUGCGCCUAUUAAUACAGUAGUUAAGUAUCAAACUGUUGGUAAUUUCCUAUGAUAGACUACUUCUCACUGCACAAUGAUCUUGCUUUUAUUUUUUGAAAACAGACAAUAAGCAUCUAAUGCCAAAACACUGA